UUCAUAUGUGGUAAAGAGGCAUUAACUUUGAGAGGAGAUAAGAUAAUAUUAUUUCAUUUUGCAGUUAGCCUCUCAACCCAAAGCCUAACAGAAAAAUGGCCUCAGCAUCACUCCUCAAGUCAUCACCAGUUCUUGACAAGUCUGACUUUGUCAAGGGUCAGUCCCUUCGUCAGCCUUCCGCCACCAUCCUCUGGUGCAACUCUGCUGCUGCCGCCCCUUCCUCCCUCAGCAUUCGUGCUAGCUCCUAUGCCGACGAGCUUGUCAAAACUGCGAAAACUGUUGCCUCGCCCGGACGUGGUAUUUUGGCUAUGGAUGAGUCAAAUGCUACUUGCGGAAAACGUCUUGCAUCAAUCGGAUUAGAAAAUACCGAGGCUAACCGCCAGGCAUACCGUACCCUUCUCGUCUCAGCACCGGGCCUUGGACAAUACAUUUCUGGAGCUAUCCUCUUUGAGGAAACUCUCUACCAAUCAACUGUUGACGGCAAGAAGAUGGUUGAUGUUCUUAUUGAGCAGAACAUCGUCCCCGGUAUCAAAGUUGACAAGGGUCUGGUGCCUCUUGUCGGUUCCAACGAUGAAUCAUGGUGCCAAGGUCUUGAUGGUCUUUCUUCCCGCACAGCUGCUUACUACCAGCAAGGUGCUCGUUUUGCCAAAUGGCGUACUGUUGUGAGCAUUCCAAACGGACCAUCUGCGCUAGCUGUGAAGGAAGCUGCCUGGGGUCUUGCUCGCUAUGCUGCUAUUUCUCAGGAUAGUGGACUGGUUCCAAUUGUGGAGCCAGAAAUCAUGCUUGAUGGUGAGCAUGGGAUUGACAGGACAUUUGAAGUAGCACAGCAAGUUUGGGCUGAGGUUUUCUUUUACAUGGCUGAGAAUAAUGUUUUGUUUGAGGGAAUCCUUCUGAAGCCUAGCAUGGUUACUCCUGGUGCUGAAUGUAAGGAGAGAGCCACUCCUGAACAAGUUGCUAGUUACACCCUCAACCUCCUUAAGAGAAGAAUUCCCCCAUCAGUCCCCGGAAUCAUGUUUUUGUCUGGUGGGCAAUCUGAAGUUGAGGCAACUCUUAACCUGAACGCCAUGAACCAGUCUUCGAACCCAUGGCACGUAUCCUUCUCAUACGCCAGGGCUCUCCAGAACACUUGUUUGAAGACAUGGGGAGGCAGAGCGGAGAAUGUUAAGGCUGCUCAAGAAGCUCUGCUUCUUCGUGCCAAGAGCAACUCGCUGGCUCAGCUCGGCAAGUACACCGGUGAGGGAGAAUCAGAUGAAGCUAAGCAAGGAAUGUUUGUCAAGGGCUACACCUACUAAGUUAUGCUAUAGAACUAAAAGAGAUGAUUCAAAUUGCAAGAAUUAAUUUCUUACUUUUGUGUGUUAAAAAUGGUUUGAAACUAUUUUUGUUCUUUGUUAAAAUGAACUUUUAGCCACUUAAUAAUAAACCCUAUUGCUGAUGAGAA